CCAUCCUUAUCUGUAUUCAACAACGGAGCAUCAACAAUCCGCUGGGGUCGAGAAUUCUAAAGAUUCACAACCCUUUGAAUGAAGUAACCUCUUCUCAUCUCAGUCUUAAACAGUCAGUCCUGUUUUCCUAAGGGAUGGUCUCCUGUGUUCUAUAUUCCAUGGCCGGCGGAACAAUCUCCCAGCGUCUACCCCAUUCAGAAUCUUACACACCUCACUGAGAUUGCCUCUCGUUCUUACAUUUAAGUGUCUGGACAAUUUUCAAGCCAGAACGGCAAGGGGAUACGAAGGAUGUGGAGUCACUGGAGAAAGUGAAAGCAUAAGCAGUGCAGUACAAAGGGAGAGCAAUAGAGGGAGUGUAAGAUGAAUGCUGAGCAUGAAGCUACACCCACAAGUGACUGAGAGAAAGAGAGAGGGAGGAGAGGAAGGAAACGCUGAAAGAGACUGAGAUACACGUAUAACGAAGUCCACCGCCCACCCUGCUGGAAAACGGAGACUUGGCGGUGUCCUUUCGUCGGGGUUUGGAGGGGCAGAGUGAGUUGAGAAUGUCCACAUCAGACGACGUGGAUGGGCUGGGGGCAGUCAGACCCCACUAUGGCUCUGUUUUGGAUAAUGAACGUCUUACAGCUGAGGAGAUGGAUGAACGGAGACGGCAGAACAUUGCAUACGAAUACCUUUGUCACCUAGAGGAAGCAAAGCGGUGGAUGGAAGCAUGUUUGGAUGAGGAGCUCCCUCCAACAACAGAACUUGAGGAGGGGCUGAGAAACGGAGUGUAUCUUGCUAAACUUGGCAAUUUCUUUAGUCCAAAGGUAGUGUCGCUCAAAAAGAUCUACGACUGUGAACAGACCAGAUACAAGGCAACCGGACUCCAUUUCCGCCACACGGACAACACCAUCCAGUGGUUUAAUGCAAUGUCGAACAUUGGGCUGCCAAAGAUCUUUUACCCUGAAACUACCGACAUUUAUGACCGUAAGAACAUGCCUCGAUGUAUCUACUGCAUCCACGCUCUCAGCUUGUACCUCUUUAAACUGGGAUUGGCUCCACAGAUUCAGGAUCUUUAUGGAAAAGUUGCUUUCACAGAGGAGGAGAUUAACAACAUGAAGACAGAACUGGAAAAAUAUGGGAUUCAGAUGCCUGCGUUCAGUAAGAUCGGGGGAAUUUUGGCCAAUGAGCUAUCAGUGGAUGAAGCUGCCUUGCAUGCAGCUGUCAUUGCCAUCAAUGAUGCCAUUGAGAAGGGAAUUCCAGCAGAGACCCUGGCAGCAAUGCAGAACCCCAAUGCUAUGCUACUCAACUUGGACUCAACACAAAGUGUGCAGUAUCAGAACACCUUGAGUGCUGCCAAGCACGAGAAAGUGGCAAACGCCCGGAAUAAGGAUGUGCCUGGGAGCCCUCAGGAAGAGAGAGAUGUUUAUGAAGAGCUCCUGACACAAGCUGAGAUCCAGGGAAAUGUAAAUAAAGUCAACUUACAGAAUGGCCUGAAGAACGUAGAUGGAGCUCUGGAGCAACAAGAUGGGAAAGCUCUCUACAAUGCCCUGAAGUCACCAGCCUUGGGCCUGCGAGAUGUGGAGUUGGAAAACUGUGAUUGGUACCUCAAGCAGCUGUCCUCUGACAAACAGCUGAAAGCCCAGGAGCAGGGCUCAAAGGACCCUCUGACGAAGGAGGAGUUACAGGUCGGUGUUGACCAAGCCAAUCGAGACGGUCGUCGGUUCAGGAAAAUGCUGGAGGCUGUAUCUCGAAUCAAUGCAGCGAUCCGUAAAGGAGUAGCAGAGGAUACAGUGACAGAGCUGAUGAAUCGCGAUGCCCAGUUACCAGAAGUGCACCCAUUUGCAGCUGAGUUGUACCAGCAGGAGCUGUCCACCCUGCAACAGCAGAGCCACCAGGGCAACUUAACCCAUGCUGAGCUGGCUGUUGCUGUGGAGAUGCUGUCUUCUGUGGCACUGAUCAAUCGUGCUCUGGAGGCUGGGGAUGUGAAUGGGGUGUGGAGACAGAUCCAGAACCCAGUGACAGGACUCACUAACGUAGACGAUGGCAACGCUCAGAGGUAUGUGGAUGAGCUGAUGAGAAUGAAGGCCAGAGCGCGAGCAGAGAACAAUGAGUUUCUCACCUGGAACGAUAUCCAGGGAUCGGUUGACCAGGUGAACAUAGUGGUCCAAGAGGAACAUGAUCGAAUUAAGGCGAUUGGCCUGAUUAAUGAGGCUGUGGAUGAAGGGGAUCCUCAGAAGACUCUGAAUGCACUGCUCCUGCCGAGUGCCAAGCUGGCUGAUGUCUUACCCCCCGUGGCUGAGCAUUACCAAGAGACCCUCAUUCGGGCCAAGAGAGAGAAGGCUCAGGAGACUCAGGAUGAUUCUGCCGUGCUCUGGCUCGACGAAAUUCAGGACACCGUCUGGAAAUCCAACAAGGACACACAAGAUGCAGAGAAAUUUUCCCUGGGCAUUCUGGCUAUCAAUGAGGCAGUGGACCAUGGAGACACAGCCCAGAUACUGAGUGCGCUGCGAUCUCCAGACGUUGGGUUAUACGGAGUCACCUCUGAAUGUGAUGACACCUAUCAGCAGGAACUGACUGAGGCUAAACAGGCCAAGAAGGCAGAAGGUGACAACGGCAGCCAGUGGGUCAGGCACUGGGUGAAGGGAGGUUACCAUUAUUACUAUAACCUGGUGACGAAGCAAGGAAGCUGGGAGCAGCCAUCUGGGUUUGUCCAGAACAACACACAACUGAGCAAGGAAGAAAUCCAGUCAACGAUUUCAGGAGUGACAGCUGCCUAUAACCGAGAGCAGCUGUGGGUGGCCAACGAGAACCUGAUCAUUAAGUUACAGGCACGUUGCCGAGGUUACCUGGUACGUAGGGAAUAUUCAGAUCGGAUGAACUUCCUGAAGAAACAGCAGCCGGCAAUCCUGGCCAUUCAGUCUAACUGGAAAGGUUACAAACAAAGGCAGGCCUACAAGAACAGGCUUCAGUACCUCAAAGACAACUCCGCCUCUGCGGUGAAGAUUCAGUCGUUAGUGCGAAUGCAGCAAGCCAGGAAGAAGUACCAAGAUCGGUUGAAGUAUUUUAAGGAUCAUGAGUCUGAUAUUAUUAAAAUCCAGGCAUUCAUCAGAGCAAACAAGGCGCGAGAUGAUUAUAAAACUCUGAUCAAUGCGGAACAGCCUCCGAUGGCCGUUGUCCGGAAGUUUGUGCACCUGCUGGAUCAGAGUGACCAGGAUUUCCAGGAGGAGCUGGAAAUGAUGCGACUGAGAGAGGAAGUGGUUACUCGGAUCCGGUCCAAUCAGCAACUAGAAAACGAUCUCAACACAAUGGAUAUAAAGAUUGGGCUCUUGGUGAAGAACAAAAUCACGCUGCAGGAAGUAGUGUCUCACAGCAAGAAAUUGACCCGGAAGAACAAAGAGCAGCUGUCAGACAUGAUGCAGAUCAACAAGCAGAAAGGAGGCCUGAAGGCCUUGAGCAAGGAGAAACGGAUGAAGCUGGAGGCCUAUCAGAACCUCUUCUACCUGCUCCAGACUAACCCCACCUACCUGGCCAAGCUGAUCUUUCAGAUGCCUCAGAAUAAAUCCACCAAGUUCAUGGACUCGGUCAUUUUCACGCUGUAUAACUAUGCUUCGAACCAGAGAGAAGAGUACCUGCUGCUGAAACUCUUCAAGACUGCCCUUCAAGAGGAAAUCAAGUCAAAGGUCGAUCAGCUCCAUGAGAUCAUCACAGGGAACCCCACUGUUAUUAAGAUGGUGGUCAGCUUCAACCGUGGAGCACGAGGACAGAACGCCCUCCGACAGAUCCUGGCUCCUGUUGUCAAGGAGAUCAUUGAGGAACGGUCAAUGAACAUCAAGACAGACCCUGUGGAUAUUUACAAGGCUUGGGUGAACCAGAUGGAAUCACAGACAGGAGAGGCCAGUAAACUCCCGUACGAUGUCACACCAGACCAGGCGCUCAGUCAUGAUGAGGUCAAACAGAGACUAGACACAUCGAUCAAAAACAUGAGAGCAAUCACCGACAAAUUCCUGUCAGCCAUUGUUACAUCGGUGGACAAAAUCCCGUACGGAAUGAGGCUGAUUGCUAAAGUCCUGAAGGAUUCCUUGCAUGAGAAGUUUCCUGAUGCCACAGAUGACGAGCUCAUUAAGAUUGUCGGCAAUCUGCUGUAUUAUCGCUACAUGAACCCAGCCAUCGUGGCCCCUGACGCAUUCGAUAUCAUCGAUAUCUCGGCUGGGGGUGGGGGUCUGACCACCGAUCAGAGAAGGAAUCUGGGCUCCAUCGCUAAGGUCUUACAACAUGCUGCCUCCAGUAAAAUGUUCGACAAGGAAAACUGCCACCUGGGCUCAGUAAAUGAUUACCUCUCUCAGGCACACAUGAAGUUCAGACGAUUCUUCCAGGCUGCUUGUGAGGUUCCAGAGCUCGAGGACCGUUUUAACGUUGAUGAAUACUCAGACCGUGUGACUGUGACCAAGCCGGUGAUUUAUAUUUCCAUUGGAGAGAUCAUCAACACUCACACGCUUUUCCUGGAUCACCAAGACGCUAUUGCUCCUGAACACAACGAUCCCAUUCAUGAGCUACUGGAAGAUCUUGGUGAAGUGCCCACCAUUGAGUCUCUAGUCGGUGAAGGGGGUUUUCAUGAAGCGAAUAAAGAGCAGCUUUCCAAGACAGAGCUUUCCCUGACUCUCACCAAUAAAUUUGAUGUGUCUGGGAGUGAGAACGAGGAGAUGAACGCACGUACCCUGUUGCUGAACACCAAGCGUUUGAUUGUCGAUGUGAUUCGCUUCCAACCCGGUGAAACGUUGACCGAGAUCCUGGAGACCCCGGCCUCUGCGGAGCAAGACGCUGAUCACCAGCGAGCCAUGCAGAGGAGAGCUAUCCGAGAUGCCAAGACUCCCGAGAAGAUGAAACAGAACCAAGUCCAGUCAGAGGAAAACCAGAUGUCUCUCAAGGAGAAGAAAGAAAAGAUUGAACAGAAUUUGAAAAAGUUGGCAACUCUGGGAAAGGUCAACCCAGUGAACAAAUACCAGGACCUGAUCAAUGAUAUCGCCAAGGACAUUAGAAACCAGCGUCGAUACCGGCAGAGGCGGAAGGCAGAGCUGGUGCGACUGCAGCAGACAUACAGUGGCCUGAUCUCCAAAACUGCCUUCUUCGAAGAACAGAUUGACUACUACAACCAGUACAUCAAGACCUGCAUGGAUAACCUGGCCAGCAAAGGAAAAGUUUCGAAGAAGCCAGGAGAUGUUAAAGGAAAGAAAAGCAAACAGGUCUCGCAGCGAUACACAGCAGCAAGGCUCCAUGAGAAGGGUGUCCUGCUAGAAAUCGAGGACCUCAAUAGCAACCAGUUUAAAAACGUUAUCUUUGACAUCUGCCCAACAGAAGAGGUGGGUGACUUUGAAGUGAAGGCAAAGUUCAUGGGAGUCCAAAUGGAGACAUUCAUGCUACACUAUCAGGACCUUCUCCAGCUCCAAUACGAAGGUGUUGCUGUCAUGAAGUUGUUCGACAAAGCGAAGGUUAACGUCAACCUGCUGAUCUUCCUCCUGAACAAGAAGUUCUACGGGAAAUAGCGGGAACAUCAACCGCCCCUCGCCACUGGGGUCAAGAGCUCGAUGCCAGCGUCACGUUAUUGAACGAGGCUCUGAUGAGGGGCUGCCAUGCUUGUACUUUUCCCUUUUUGUUUAAAUUCUGCACCAAUCAGAACUGAGCACCUUUGAGGAGUGUAUCAGCACCAUCUGGAGCAGAAUCGGGUCAUUGGAGCGGGCGUGCAAUUCUAUAUGUAGUAUUAAACUGCUGGAACGUUUAUAGACUUGGUAUAUGCAUCAGUAGCUGUCUGUGUACUGCUUGAGGGGCAUAAACAUUAAAAACCAACCUUUUCAUUUUAUUAUCAA